AAAUCCAAAUGCUUCAAGUUCGAAUACCUGGUAUUCUAAUCCACUUCUCUCCCGGCCAUGAGUACCACUAAACUGAUUCCCUCCCGUCCAUUGUUACGGUAUCUCAAUGAAAGAAUACUUAGUACUACCCGCCCGUUUUGUCGUCAAGUAACGCAGAAUUCAUCUGCAAAUUCAUUUCGUCGCUCCAUUCUUUUUCGUCCUUCACAACAAUGUCGCCACAUUAUGUUGUCGCGAAUCGCCGAGAGGACACAAAAUUUCAAAUUGCAAGCUGAUAACCAUAAGAUUUUGGAUUUUGCCAAGCUAUCAGUUUUUGAUAACACUAAGUUUCAAUCACAGAAGAUGAUUUUAUGGAGAGAAACGGAAACAAGGCCCAAUAGCAGACCGCAUGUGUUUUUGGGCGUGAUGUCAUUGAGAGAUGCGAUGCAAAAGUACCUGGGUGAUAGAGAAAAUGUAAUUUUGGAUCCGGGUGUUGGCACUAGCUGGAUGCUAGUGUCUAGAAUUGGGUUCGAAAAUGAGGCGAAGGUGAACCCCGCUCUCCUGGCCGAGACAUCUGAGCAGGUCGGUGGUAAUGGUUUGGCAAACCUCCAUGAGUAUCUUUUAGUCAAACGAAAGUCUUGGAUGGUGCCGAAGCCUGGACAGCGAGUGAAACACAAAGGAGGUCGGGGUAAUGCGAAACUGAUACAUCUUCAGAGCAAUGUUAAUGGCCAUAACAUGAGUGUGAUGAUGGCGAAGGCCUACUACUAUUUAGAAACGCACAAUUUUAACGCGGAAUUCCAUAUACAUUUUUCGAAUCGUUCUAAGUACAGCGAAAAUGAGAUGCUUGAGAGGUUGAUGAAGAUACCAGGUGGUUUGGCUCUUCAUCCCCAAGUCAUUCAGCGGCAAUUGCCCACUGAUACUGGGAUUAAUAUAAGACCCCGGAGUGAUGGUAGAGAAAUGGUAUGGGUUGUGGGCAAAAGCGAACGUCGUAUAGAUGAAAAAUGGGUAUUGAUGGCGGAGAAGAAGAUGGCUGAGCUCGAGGGGACCCCUGGAUUCAUAAUGAAAAGGGGUAAGGAGAUGGUAAAGGAUCGGAAAUGGAGAUUAAAACAAGACAAAGAAGAAAUUGUAAGCUUGCGAAAGCAGGGAGAAUCUUUUGGUCAUGUUCUCGAACGGCAGAGAGAAAUUCAUGGGCGGGAGAAAGAACUCAGAGCAAUGUUCAAGGAGAUGAACGUGUCGCGACGACAGAAAGCAAGGGAUAAGCAAGCGCGAAGACUUCAGGAAAGACUUCGCAAUCAAGCACGUCGACGGGCAAUGUCAGAUGCUCGUCUUGAACAAAAGAGAACAUUUAGGAUGCGUUGGGAACGACGAAGGAAAGAAAGUCUGAGAGUGAUGUGGUAUCAACGAAACGCACGCGAGGCGAUGAGAGCAUCAUUUUUGGCUCGGAGAAACGCGAGAAAGACAGAGCUAAGAGCUAAGUCUAUGUCAAGUACAUUGGAUCAUUACACGAAACGGAUACAGAUUAAAGCGAGACUGGAAAAGAGUAAAAGAAAAGUACGAUUAAUCCAGCACAAGGAGCCGGCGAGGGAUAUAGCGAAGAGAGCAUUGUCUCUACGCUCUCCUCGAUCUGCAGCACGAAAUAUCUUGCAAAUUGAAAGACAGAAGUCGCUAAAUCAGAAAAGUACCAUGCAGAAAAGAGAACAGAGGGAACUAGCUCUAAGUAGGAAGAUGGCAAGUCCUUUCCGAUCGAAGUUUGAGGAUGUGUUUAGAGACGGGAGGAUGACAUGGAUGUAGAUACAGAUAUGAGCGAUCUCUGAUGUAUACAUAAAUCUCUGUAUUUUCCAGGGUACAUUCGAUGAUUUGUAGGAUUAAAUCCACAGAUGUGUCGAUCUACAAAUUUAGAUGGGAUGAUCAAAUCAGAGAGAUGCUUUCUACUCCACUGCACUCAAGCACACAGUGUUCUCUAUAGCGAUUUGAAUACUCCGGUAUCAUAAAUCGAUACCUUUGGCACCACAUAUCUAUUCUAUAUACCAAGUUCAAUUUUCUCGUUCCUGAAUAUCUAUCGACAGAGGAGCGCUAAUUCAGGAUUCUCGUAACGUUUGGAAGGCUAGUGCCGAGGAACUGAGUGGUGGUCUUCCAGUUCAGCAAUUAUUCUUGGUCUUUUCAAGUAUAAAAAUGUGAUUUGGAUGUCAAAGUGCUAGUUUACAAGCCGUGGAGACAGAACCUUUUGCGUGAAUGGUAUUUUUUUAUAUCCUCCUCGCAGGGAAAAUUGUCAUCUUUAUGAUGAAUCACAAUAAUAGUGCCCGUACUUCAAGCUGACGAGAGUGAGGAGAUCGACUAGAUGAAGGAGUGCGGCCACUUGCAUUGCAGAGAGUGGUUUUACCUGUUGGAGAUGAUAGGCUGACAUUCUGAUGUAGUAAUAGAUUGGGGAUAAAAAUGCCGCCUCUAUU